CCCAUUUUGUAAUAUAGCUGCGUUUGAUACGGUGGCAUUCCAAUUUCAUCCCUGGAAACAAUUGUCUUUGUAGACGUUCUAUUCCGCUCCAUUGUUUCAUUUCGAAAUGAGUGUACUUUUUCUUACUGUUUGACGCCAGUAGUGAAAAUUAAAAUGGGAAAAUCCUUUGGAAUCCUCUGAAAUCAUAUUGAAAAGUUUUUAUUCCGUAAAUGAAAAUACCGCAAAUGAAUCAACGAGUAAAUAAACAAACAAACAAACAAGCAAACAAAUCGACAACUCAAUUGCAAUGCCACCAACGAUCCGUGCUGACUAAAGUUGAAUAAAGUGCAUUAUAAAUGGUCCCAUAUAAAAGUUGUUGGUGGCACAGUUUCCAAACUGGAAUAUAGCGAAUGAAAAAUUUUCGGAUUCGAAUUUCAUUGUGACUUCACUUCGCAUAUAUGUAUAUUGCUAGCAAUAACGAGGCAUCAGGAAAAACCACGCUAUGGAUUUCACAGUCCAUGACUUGAAUUCAAUCCAGUCACUUUAACCCAAUUCGAUUAAAUUUUUGCUGCUGGGAAUAAAAUCAAAAUUCGUGCGCGUUUCCAAUGUGAAAACUCUGUUUUACUCUCGAUAAAUGACGUGCACUCAACGAGAAAAUAUUGCAAUCAUAAAUUGAAAAAUGGAAUUUUGUGAUGUGUCUCUCGGGUGUUCGCCCGCUCGCUCAUUAAUUUUGCAAGACAAUGUAGUGCGAUAGUGAUUGAUGUCCCAAUUAAUUGAAAUAAUGCUUUUAAUUAGACACUUAAACAAAGCAGAAUGAAAUGAAAUAAUCAGAAUUAGUUUAAGUUUUGAGCGCUCAGAGAGUGUGAUAAAUCGUUGACGGUUGCGAUAAAUGGUAGUGCCAUGUGUUGAUGCUGAAAAGGAGCAUAGCAGCAUAGUACAUAGAGUGAACAGUGUGUUGGUGGUGAUAAUUAGCCAAAAGUAGCCAGUUCUGAAUGGAUGGAUGGUGAAUUCAAACAAAUCAGACACCUGUUGAUUUUGUUUUUAUUUUUUGGGGAGGGAAGUGUGUUGCAUUUCUUAUGUUGUCGGUUGUCGUUACGUCAGCGUGUCGCGUUUAGUGUAAUGUAAUGUUAAGAAAUUGAAUCGUAGGGUCACGUACGUGAUAUUCCAAUCCAUGAGCUUUACUGCUAGCAAGGUCAGUCGUGCUUAUGCUCGAUGAUGAGAUCAAAUAAUCAUAAAAACUAAUAAUGAACGACAUCGACGACAGGGGCAUAAGAAAUAAUAUGAUAAUAUCAAGAAAGAGCGGUAGCGAGAACGAAAAAGACGGAUAAGUGGAUAGAGAGAGAGAGAGAGCACAGUAGCAACAUCAAAUCCAAUCUAGAACGAUAUGCUGCAAAAAAAGCGAUCAAAUCCAAUAUCGGCCAUUGAGUGGAAACAACAAUCCCCCUUCAAUACAUAUUGUGAUGAGAUGCGCUCUUGAGAGUUUAAUAAUACAUAAAAAUGUGUAAUGAUGUGACAAAAAUGAUGCGAGUACAAAAUAUCAUAUUUGUAUGAUGGUCGCCGUCGUCGUCAAUGUUGUCAAUGCUUUGCUACUGCCGCCGACUGCUGUAUAUGAACUAUUUUUGCCCAGUCAUUUCUGCUGCCAGUGUAAUAGAGAUGGAAUGAUAGAGCGCGCAUAGUAUGUGUCGUCACUCCACGCGAAUAUGGUAUGUUCAGGCUAGACCAGUGUUGAGAGACAAGAUUCGAUGGAUGCUGUGUGUUGCAGUAAUGUGUGCGACGCAACAAACAACAUUUGAAUGAGUAGACCAUGUGUAGCACAGACACCACAUUUUAUUCGUACGUUUUGAUUUUGUUACUUUUUUUCUCCUCUUUUUUUUAUCUCUCUCCCUCGCUCGGUUUGGCUCGGUGCAGCAUAAGCUUUGUGUAUGAGCCGUUGGAUUUUACUGCAUGUACUUGAAUUGGUUUCGAUUUUGGUGCGCCGUAUUCCUCUCUCGAACGUUACACACACGUCUCAAUCUUCAUCAUCAGUAGAACGGGCAACUGUCGUGUUACGUUCAUUCAAUUGGUCGGAUUAAAAACGAGAGUUUCCCUUACGCGCGCGAAUACUACACGCUGCUCUUUUUUUCGAUUAACUCAAUUCGCAUUUGACUCACUCUCACUCUUUUUAUCUCUUUCUCUGUCGUCAACGUGCACGGGCUACUGCCGUUGCUGCCGAAUAAAAAAUCAAGUGGAAACAUUUAAUGGGCUCUCUGUGUGUAUAAGUUUGCAUCGAUAGUACACUGGCUGUUGUUAUUCUGUUGAAGGCAUUUGGCCGUAAGCCGUACAAAAAUAAAUAGCAUAUAAACAAAUCGAGCGCGCGCGAGUAUAUUUGUGUUUCGUUGUAUCCACCAAAAGCGGUUCGGUCACGGUACAAUUUCCGAAAUCAAAUUGAAUUGAACUAAAAAAAAAGACUUUAAAUUUUAAGUGUAUUGAAUAGUUUGAAAACCAAAUAUCGAAAAGUACAUUUUCAAAAACCAUAGACUCAAAUUAGAUUAUAAAAUUUCAGUGUUUGAAGAAGAAGAAGAAGAAGAGGAGGAAUAAAAAGAUAGUUUCGAAAGCAAAUAGAAACUAAGCAGAAACUAACCAUGUCGAUUCAGUUCAAAUGUUUGCGACGAUCCCAUUCCUUGCCCCAUAUUGCAUCGCGACAUGAUUCGGGCGUAUCAGCCAUCACAACCACAACACACACUGGGACAACGGGUUCAUGUAGUCUAUUGGAUCAAAUCGAUUACGAUUCAGCAAUGUAUUCGGAGCAUCAGUGUAAUGGCCAAAUGCGCCAUUACAAUAAAAUCAAAUAUAACCGCAAUUAUCAUCAUCAUAACCAUCAUCAGCAAUACGAAACUUCGUAUGAUACGAGAUUGGUUACAGAUUUGCGACAGUUGUUGACCCUACGACAAUGGUACUACACCGAAGGCGGAUGGGGCUAUGUGGUACUUACAAUUACCGUAAUCGUUCAAUGCAUAGCACACGGUUUGCAUAUGUCAUCAGGAAUUUUUAUUUCAGCUUUUAUUAUUCAAUUUCGUGAGAAUCUUUUGAAUGCCGGGAUUAUCGGUUCAUUGUCGAUUGCCGUUGGUCUGAUGGUAUCUCCCCUGACAAUAACAGUUUGUCGACGAAAAUCGACACGAUUGCUAGCUGUGAUAGGGGGCUUAGUUCUUACACUUGGCUGUUUAUUCACCUCAUUUGCUCAGCAAUAUCAUCAAGUGCUCUUUAGUUAUGGAAUCGUCGUAGGUUUAGGUGUUGGAAUAACAAGAGACUGUUCAAUCGUCAUGAUUGCUCAAUACUUUAAAAAGAAGCGUGAAUUCGUUGAGGUAUUAACGGUGGCUGGAAGUGGCUUAGGUAUAGUUGUUAUGUCAAUAUUUCUAAAACGAGCUAUCGAAACGCUCCGCUGGAGAUAUGGUUUGCAGUGUGCAACAUUGAUUGCAUUUUCAACAUUUUUCCUUGGUCUUUUCUAUCGUUCGGCUGCACUGUAUCAUCCACAGCGUCGAGCAAUUCUCCAUUUGAAAACACAAAAGCGUAAAGUCAAAGAGAAAAAUCGCCACAAUAAUCGAAGUCCAUUUUUCGAUGUUAAAACGUUACGCAGUCAAACGGUUCGGAUCAUUUUGUUGUCGUCGGCAUUCAGCGCAUUCGGUAUUUACAUUCCGAUUGUUCAUUUAGCGCAGACCGUAAAAACUGACAAAUUGAUUGAUGCUGAAUUGCCAUUACAAAUGAACAUGGGUUUUGCGUGGAUUUUCGGUGCGAUUGUGUUUGGUGUGCUGGUUAUACGCAAUAAUGCCGAGUGUCGAAUUGCACGUCAGUAUUUGUGCCAAGUGUCGUUGUUCAUGUGUGCCAUUUGUCUGCUCGCACUCACCAAAAUCCAAUCCAAUUAUGAAGGAUAUUUUAUCAUUGUGUGGACGUACGGUUUCUUUUGUGGAGGAUAUCAUUAUUCAUUAAGAGUUUAUCUGUAUGAGCGUGUUCGUGCUCGGAACUUUUCGCAAGCAUGGAGCUAUUUACAAUGCGCGCAAUCGAUACCAAUUGUUGUUGGCGUCAAUUUAGCGGAAUUUCUUAACUGUCACGUAUCACAUAAAAGUGGUUAUUUAUUUGGAUUUUUCUGUGUAUUAAGCGGUAGCAUUCUCUUGUUCUUGGUUGACGUUCACAAGCGGAGCAUUUCACGUCAUCGACAUACAAGGUCGAACGGUUCAACGCAUUUGUGUAAACUGAAGGAUUGUCCUGAACAUAGGAAACUGUCAUUUACACAAGAGCCAGACAAUGAGCCAGUACGGAAUUUUAAUGUAGGCAAUUUGCUACUUCGUUCCGAUCCGCUGGGAAAUCAAAUUAGCGAAGAAUUUUUAAUUGAACCGAAACUAAGUGGAAAUUUAGUCGUUCCCCUUGAUCCAGUUGAUGAUAAACCAGAGCUGACGUGCAUAUCGGAAGAAGGCAUCGCCGAUAUGGAUCUGCCUGACAAUAUCUUCGAUGAUUUUGAUUACAUUGGCGACUGCAUCACAUCGUGCAACAAGGUCGAGCAGUAUCUUAUGUUGAGUGAAUUUGAAAAUAAUAUUAAUGCGGAUUUCUCAACUGUUAAUAAAAGAGAUAGAGAAGGCGAACCCUGACCGCUUCGCGAUACUAUGAUCGUGUUUUAAGUGUUCAAGCGUAACAUUGUAUAGGGAAUUUAAAAAAAAACCUGUUAGCUAUUGGCAUCAACUGCCAAAACCAAUUCUAUGUAACUAAGGUGCCGACAAUGCGUUUGAGCCACUGUUUAAAAAUCUAUUGAAACAAAUAUUGUAUUUUUAGGAAGAAAAAUUAUGUACUCACAUAAUAACGACUUCAUCAUGUCUCAAGAUUCAAAAUGAAAAAUAAAUGUCUGAAAAAUUCAACUGAAA